CAGCCCCUGGACGAGCAGCGGCCCCUGGACGAGCAGCAGCAGCCCCUGGACGAGCAGCAGCCCCUGGACGAGCAGCAGCAGCCCCUGGACGAGCAGCAGCAGCCCCUGGACGAGCAGCAGCAGCCCCUGGACGAGCAGCAGCAGCCCCUGGACGAGCAGCAGCCCCUGGACGAGCAGCAGCAGCCCCUGGACGAGCAGCAGCAGCCCCUGGACGAGCAGCAGCAGCCCCUGACGAGCAGCAGCAGCCCCUGGACGAGCAGCAGCAGCCCCUGGACGAGCAGCAGCAGCCCCUGGACGAGCAGCAAGCAGCAGCCCCUGGACGAGCAGCAGCAGCAGCCCCUGGACGAAGCAGCAGCAGCCCCUGGACGAGCAGCAGCAGCCCCUGGACGAGCAGCAGCAGCCCCUGGACGAGCAGCAGCAACCCCUGGACGAGGAGCAGCAGCCCCUGGACGAGCAGCAGCAGCCCCUGGACGAGCAGCAGCAGCCCCUGGACGAGCAGCAGCAGCCCCUGGACGAGCAGCAGCAGCCCCUGGACGAGCAGCAGCCCCUGGACGAGCAGCAGCCCCUGGACGAGCAGCAGCAGCCCUGGACGAGCAGCAGCAGCCCCUGGACGAGCAGCAGCAGCCCCUGGACGAGCAGCAGCCCCUGGACGAGCAGCAGCCCCUGGACGAGCAGCAGCAGCCCCUGGACGAGCAGCAGCCCCUGGACGAGCAGCAACCCCUGGACGAGGAGCAGCAGCCCCUGGACGAGCAGCAGCCCCUGGACGAGCAGCAGCCCCUGGACGAGCAGCAGCCCCUGGACGAGCAGCAGCCCCUGGACGAGCAGCGUCUGCCUGGUCAUCUCCACACUGCCAGGUCCUUUAUAUUCCAGGUCCG